CCCUCCUGUCCUAUAUGCUUCCUGAUCUACACCCAUCAUGGGCAGGGAAAACUUUUAGGCUGCAUCUGCACCUCUCCUCUGGUCAGCCCUGGAACUUUUUUCCUCCUCAACUUUUGCUCUCCCCCUCAUGGACUUUAAUUGACCCUCUUCAGAGAACCUUAGGUCACCGUCACGGUGACCCUUUGGUAUAUUUAUCCUUUUUCAUCUUCAGGGGAAUUGAACAUCCAGUCCAGACACCAGUUGUAAUAUCUUUUGGUUGUGGCUGUUCUUCCUUGUAGGGGCUCUGUGCAGGGACUCAUCCUUGACGAUCAGGACUCAAACAGGAUUAGGGAGGUGGCAGUCCAUGUUAUUUUUUUUCUCGACAACUUUUUUGAUGUUGUUGCCCUAAGGGAUUAAUUGCUGAAAUUACAUAUUCAAACCAGCAUGACUGAGGGAGUCGAAGGUACAGUAUCUACACAAGUCUAACGCGAUCCUCCACCACAACCAUGGUCAUAGAGAGCAAAAACGGGGAGGCAGGACAGCCCCUAGUCAGGGUGUCUAAGAGGACCGUGACUGACGACCUGUACACCACCUUCAGUUCCCCCAUGGCCUGGAUCCUGGUCCUAGCCCUGGUCAUCACCUGGUCCUGCGUGGCCAUCAUCAUGUUUGACCUGAUGGACUACAAGGGCAUCACAGGGGUCCCCCCACCUCCCGCUGUCAGGAAAGCAAUUAAGGAGGCAGGGAGGUCUAGAGGAAGCAUUCAGCAUAUCAGCUCAGAUCCCAUGAAAGUGAUGAACGAGGCGGUGGAGGAGUCCACUGGCUGGGGCAACCUGCUUCUGACCUUUGCCUCCAACCUGGUAGCACCUGAGGAGGAGGAGGAAAUCGAAGGUGAGCUACAUCCGGUGAAGAAAAAAGAUAUAGGAUGGUACGUUGAAGAGGAUCAUCAUGCUGAAAGGGAGAAGGGUGGAACAGAAGGCACCAUGGCCAUGCUUUCCAGGUUUAUAGCUGCAUUCCUACCAUCCAGAAAACAAGUUGCAGGGAUGUUUGCAGAGGAAAAAGAACCAGUUGCUAAAGUAGAGGACGAAGAAGAAGAUGAAGACGAGGAUGAGGAGGAUGAGGAAGAAGUGGAAGAUUAUGAUGAGGAUGAGGAUGAAGAAGAAGAGGAGAAUGAGGAUGAGGAUGAAGGGGGAGAAGAUGAGGAUGAAGAAGAAGCUGAUGAUGAGGAUGAGGAAGAAGAUGAAGAAGAGGACAAGGAAGCAGCAGCUGAGGUUGAGAUAGAUGAGGAUGAGGAUGAGGAUGAUGAUGAAGAGUAUGAGGCUCCCAUUCUGAUUGAUGUUGAUGACACAGAGACAGAAGCUUCUGCUGGAGAUGAUGACAGAGAGGAGGAUGACACCACAGCUGAAGCUGAAACUGAAGCAAUUACAGAUGAGGAUGCCAGUGAUACUGCUGUUGCUUCCAGUGAUGAUGACCAUAAUGAAGAGGAUGAAACCAAUGAUGCCAGUGCUGAAGUCACAGAGGAUGCUCCUGCUUCUACUGCAAAUGACAACGACGAUGAUGAUUAUGGUAAAGAGGAGGAAAUUGAUGUCACAGAAGAUGUUGUUUAUGACAUCCAGGACGAUGACAUUGACAUUGUUGCAGAACAAGUAGAUGCUGUUGCCUCUUCUGCAGAUGAUGAUGAUGAGGAUAAAGAUGAUGAGGAAGAUGAUAGAAUAGAUGAUGACAAAACAGAUGAUGAUGCUAAACCCAUUGACCUAGAAGAUGACGAUGAUGACGAUGAUGAUAUCAAGGUCAAUCUAGCUGAUAGUGAGGGUAUUGAUAUCUCAGACACAUUAGCUGAGGAUACAACUGAUGACUCUACAGAUAGUUUAGAGGACACUGAUGAUGACGACGACGACAUUGUCAAUGAGGACAGUGGUGCCAUCGUUGAUUCAGUUGACAAAACACUGGAGGAUUCAGGUGAGACUGUUUGUGAAGUCGCAGACAUUUCUGGUGACACAGCAUAUGAUGAUGAUGAGGGGAAGGAUGCAGCUGAAGUGAUCGGCAAAGAUGAUGACAUCACACCAGAAGCCUUUGAUAGUUCUGCUCCUGAGGAAGAUGAUCUAUCCAAGGAUGAAGAAGAGGAGGAUGAUGAUGGCAUUGAUGACCUUCUUUUGACAGUAACGCCACCUGUUGAAGAAACAAUAACCCCACUUUCUGAAGAGGCUAAAGAGACUGAAGUAGAGGAAAAUACAGAAGAGAUCCAAGAGAUCAUCCCUCCAGAAGCACCAGAAGAGGAGGAGGAGGAGACUGAGGAACCAUCUGCUGAACCAGAGCUGACAAUAGAGGAAGCUUUGGAAGAAGAGGUAGUGGGGGAAGAGACAGCAGAGCCCGAAUCCAAGGAGGAGGUAGAACCCAUCACUGAUACCAAGGAAGAGGAGGAGGAGGUAGCACCAGAACAUGAACUUGAGGAGGUGGUGGUAGCAGCAUUGCCUGAAGCCGAGGAGGAAGAUGAGGUAGCUCCUGAGCCCAAGGAGGAGGUAGAACCUGCAGUCAAAGAGGUAAAGGUCCAGCAAGCUGCUACUCCUGCACAUCAAGUAGUGUGCCCUUGUAUGCAUUCAUCAAAACCAAAAGAACCUGAAAGUGAGCCAGCGGAGGAACAAGCUAAACAUGUCAAGAGGAAAGUAGCCAAGCAAGCUAAAAAGGCCACUCCUGACCGGAAGAAGGCCCCUAAAAAAGAACCAGCGGUGAGAACUAAGAGAGAACGAGACAUGUGCAAGCCAGUUGAGAACACAAAAAGGAGAGAGGUUGCAAGGCAAUUGGAGUUGGAAGAGGCGAUCAGAAAGAGAGAACUCAGACUUAAAAAGGAAGAGAAGGAGAAGUCCACAAAGAAAGAUUCUCAACAUGUAGAUGCGGGGUUACCUGCACCUGCACCAGUUCCCACCUGUCAACCCACACCAGUCUACUGGCCAUCAUCACCUCCUGGCUGGUAUUUGCAUCACAUAUUCACAGACAAUCCAUUCCCACCUACAACUAUGACAGCAUCUCCACUGCAUAUUCCAACAGCUCAUCCAACUCAGUCAUUUUAUCAAGCUCCUCCAGCGUAUCAAGUUUAUCAAGCUCCUCCAGCUCAACCAGCAGCUCUAGUUCAACCAGCUGAACCAGCACCUGCACCAGCUACUCAACCAGCUGAACCAGCACCUGCACCAGCUGAACCAGCAACUGCACCAGCUACUCAACCAGCUGAACCUACACAUGCACCAGCUACUCAACCAGCUGAACCUACACAUGCACCAGCUACUCAACCAGCUGAACCUAUACAUGCACCAGCUACUCAACCAGCUGAACCAGCACCUGCACCAGCUGAACCAGCAACUCAACCAACUGAACCAGCACCAGCACCUGGACUUGCACCGACAACUCAACCAGCUUCAUGGACUCAAGAACCACAGGCUCCCAAAGAAAAGCAGAAGGCUGGCACCAUAAAGAAGGUUCCAAAGGAAAAGACCAAGGCAGCUGCCCCAAAGAAGGAGCCAGAGCCCCCUAAAGAAAAAGUUAAGAAGCAAGACGCUGUGGUGUCCAAAGAGAAGGUCAAACCAGCUGUUGUAAAGAAAGAAGCUGUUGUCUCCAAAGAAAAGACAAAACCUACCACAAUGAAGAAAGAGGUUGUUGUUUCCAAAGAUAAAGCUAAAACAACAGCUGCCAAGAAAGAGCCUGUGGAAAAGGACAAAAUAACUCCUAUGAAGAAAGAGCCUGCAAUCUCCAAAGAAAAAGUGAAGACAAACACUACCAAGACAACCACAAGCACUUCCAAGAAAGAACGUCGUGCUGCAAAAGCCAACGCUGAAUGGUCGCUUGUAAAGAAUGUUGUUUCAGAACCCGAGCCCCUAAAAGAGAAAGCCACUCCGAGAGUCCCCACUAUGAGGAAAGGGAACCACACAAAUGUAGUGGUGCCAAUGGUAAAAGCCAUGGCUAGAGUUGUCGCUAUAAGACCCAUCCUUACAACAAAAGUGACAGAGGAGAAGCUAUCUAAGGAACCUGAGACAGAGGUUGUUGUUUCCAAAGAUAAAGCUAAAACAACAGCUGCCAAGAAAGAGCCUGUGGAAAAGGGCAAAAUAACUUCUACGAAGAAAGAGCCUGCAAUAUCCAAAGAAAAAGUCAAGACAAGCACUACCAAGACAACCACAAGCACUUCCAAGAAAGAAGCUGUUGUCUCCAAAGAAAAGACAAAACCAAUCACAGUGAAGAAAGAGGUUGUUGUUUCCAAAGAUAAAGCUAAAACAACAGCUGCCAAGAAAGAGCCUGUGGAAAAGGACAAAAUAACUCCUAUGAAGAAAGAGCCUGCAAUCUCCAAAGAAAAAGUCAAGACAAGCACUACCAAGACAACCACAAGCACUUCCAAGAAAGAACUUCGUGCUGCAAAAGCCAAAGCUGAAUGGUCGCUUGUAAAGAAUGUUGUUUCAGAACCCGAGCCCCUAAAAGAGAAAGCCACUCCGAGAGUCCCCACUAUGAGGAAAGGGAACCACACAAAUGUAGUGGUGCCAAUGGUAAAAGCCAUGGCUAGAGUUGUCACUAUAAGACCCAUCCCUACAACGAAAGUGACAGAGGAGAAGCUAUCUAAAGAACCCGAGACAGCAAAAGAGAAAACAAAAGCGGCAGAGAAAAGAGAGGUUGUUGUUUCCAAAGAUAAAGCUAAAACAACAGCUGCCAAGAAAGGGCCUGUGGAAAAGGACCAAAUAACUCCUACGAAGAAAGAGCCUUCAAUCUCCAAAGAAAAAGCCAAGACAAGCACUACCAAGACAACCACAAGCACUUCCAAGAAAGAAGCUGUUGGCUCCAAAGAAAAUACAAAACCUACCACAAUGAAGAAAGAGGUUGUUGUUUCAAAAGAUAAAGCUAAAACAACAGCUGCCAAGAAAGAGCCUGUGGAAAAGGACAAAAUAACUCCUACGAAAAAAGAGCCUGCAAUCUCCAAAGAAAAAGUCAAGACAAACACUACCAAGACAACCACAAGCACUUCCAAGAAAGUUGUUUCAGAACCUGAGCCUCUAAAAGAGAAAGCCACUCCGAGAGUCCCCACUAUGAGGAAAGGGAACCACACAAAUGUAGUGGUGCCAAUGGUAAAAGCCAUGGCUAGAGUUGUCGCUAUAAGACCCAUCCCUACAACAAAAGUGACAGAGGAGAAGCUAUCUAAAGAACCCGAGACAGCAAAAGAGAAACCAAAAGCGGCAGAGAUAAAAGGACUGCAGGCAACCCAGUGUACAACACUGAACCUGAUGUAUACGUUUCCACACAAGGAAGACAAGGUAAAGGAUGUGAAGACAUCAGAUGCCAAAGCCACACUCUCUGUGAAGACAGCCCAGCCCACUCAACCACAUAAAGCUGAGAAGACUGAGAAGAAAGCUGUGAAGGAGGCUAAAGAGAAAGAAGGGAAGCCUCCUGGUAUAGCAAAAGAAUCUCAGACUGACGAUAAUGCCAUGGACAAGAAGAAGCCAGGUCAGAAAGUAUUGCAGUGUGUUUUAAUGGUUGGAAAGAAUGCCCACUACCCUUUGCGACCUUCCACCCCUGGUAUGACCCCUGUGUCGAUGAGCCCAGCCAUGCGGUCCAUGAUGUUGCAGCAGGCGCAGCAGCAGAAAGCCAGAGCGGCGGGGCAGUAGACUAGCUCCUCACCUCCAUGCUGCUCCCUCUAGUCAGUCUGCACGACAGCCUUAACCAGGAUAAUCAGGGACUAAAGGGGAAGGAUGGAUGGACAGUACAGUAUUAUUUAUUUUUCUAUGACCGGUCGAGCUCCCGUGAGUUAAGUCAAUUAACUAUUUUCUUUUACCUGUGGCUUUGUCGCUUUUGAUAGCGCUCAGUGCUGAGUCCUUUGUGAUCUAUGUUUUUCAACAGAUUUAUUUAUAAGAAAAGGAGUGUAAGUUAUGCCUAUGUAUUACCUUAGGAAGCAAAUGGAAUUGAUCAUUUCUGUAAAUUUCAACCAAAUUCAAUGUACAUAUGCAUAUAAAUUGUAAUUAGGCUCAAGUUCAAUGUAUAUAAUGUACAUGUGAUAUCAACAUCCUGCCAUUUUCAUUUGUUGAAUAAUUACUUCACGUUAUAAUUUUUUCAUUUGUUACUUUUAUCACAACAUUCAUAAUGACAUUCAUAAUGAGUUCAGAAUGACAAAACAUCUGUAAAUUGAUUUUAGGGUCGUACAUUAUCAAUGGCACUGUGAUUAAAAUUGAGUUUAGUUUUAUUUCAUGUUUUGAUUCUAUUUUAUUAAGGAAACAAAUUGAACAAUAUACAAUAACAAAUUAACAAUAUAGCUCACUUUCUCCGAACAUGUCCAUGUCUGUAUGCUUCUGUUGAUGUGUGACAUACCCUGCCAUUAUUGCUGGAACAGGAAAUCCUAAGCCAUUUUUUAAGACUAUGGUAAUAGUUGAGCAUUAAAUAAACAGUGACAAUCUUCAUAAUCAUUUUAGAAAUUGUGUGCAUCACAGUUUGAUCAUGAAAGAGGAUCGAUAUUUGUAUAAAAAUUGCUGAAAUUGAUAUUUUAGAUUUGAGUAUAUCUGUAUUUAGAAAGAAUAUAUAUAUAUAUAUGUUUUUUUUAUUUAAAACAAAAAUAUUCAUCAAAUUAGUUUGCCUGCCAAAGAUGACAAGACGUUUUCACCUACAGUAAACGUUUCUACUCCUUGUCAGAUGUUAUUAGAUAAGGUAUGUUAACACUAACUGUAGUUAUCUGACCAGAUCUGCAUAAAACACAUAGCUUAAGAACACUGCCUUAUCACUCAUUACACACACUGUAAAGCAAGGUGAUGUUAUGUUGUCAUUUUUGUUUGAUAUGCUACUUCCAUGUAAAUAACUGCAUCAGCUUGUAUCUUGCUGCUUGGCAUGUUGGUAAAGAAUUGUGGGAAGAUGACUAUGGUACCAUUUCUCAUGGAAGCUCCCGUUGUUAACCAGAAUAACCUCUUCUCUCUCUCUCUCUCUCUCCUGAGGAGUGUGUGUGUGUACUGAGAAUGCAACACUAGAGGUCAAGUCAAUGACUGUCCACACAUGAUUUAUUUUUUUACAACUGACAAUGAUUCUCGUGAGAUGGUGUUAUGACGUCAUCCUGUGAUAUAUAGGUGUGGAUGACUUUAUCAUCGCUGUCAUGUUACUAUCAUGGCGCUUGCUGCCAUGCGCAGCAGCCUACUGCUGAAUCAUGUUCAAAUAGGAGUGCCUUUAUUCUGAUAAUGGUGCUGCUGUGCUGAGUCCAGCGUAUCCAUUGUUGUCUUACUCAACCAAAGACUGGUGUCAGGAGUCCAUGUUUCAAGACCAUGUGAAAGAAACUAUUGGGCCUGAGAUCAGAUGUCCUUUAUACAGUAGAAGGGAAAAUAUGACUGCUCAGUAAGUGGUGGCUUGAGAGCCCAUACUGUGAAAGCCUGGUUACCUUCUCUAUUCAGCUAUUACAUUCCAAUCUCUGCCACUCCUGUCAUUUGCCAGCUUUGGUAAAUGACAGGAGUGGCAAGGAGUGGAAUGUUAGCUAAAAAGACUGGUAGCCAGACUAUUGAAAGCAUGAGAGGGAAGGCCGAGAAACUCUACUUUGUUUUGACUGUAGCUGUCUCAGCCUGUUGUAUGGUAUCUACUAUCUAUCCAUACGUUUUGCAGUGUCACAUGCAUCCACAGUCCGCAACAACAGCUUAACAAAGUAUUGUGAAGUAGGCCAAAGGAAAAAAUCUUGACUUUGAAGUUCCAGUGCACCAUUUCCUGUACCACCAGGGGAAAUGCUGCUGUCUGUCUGCUGUGUGUUGUUUUCUGUGGAUCUGACUGAUGGAGGCAGAGUCCCCCACACUUAUCUACAAUGCAACAACAGAGAUUACACUAAUGAUAUAUUUGUAUAAUUAUAACUAUGUCUUACCUUUCUAUUCUUUUGUCAGAGAAACGUAUUUACUCUUGGCAGAAUGGACUUGUUGGUUGACUGCUCUUUCAUUAUGAGCUCGGUCAUACCAUCAUACCUUCCCAGUCAUUAAGUACAACAAAGCAUUGACUAGACAACCGUACAGUAUGAUGUUUAAAUACCUGAUGUUUACUUGAUUUACAACAUUGCCCCUGGCACAUUGUGGAAUGUCUUGACAGAAUUACAGACCUCAGAUAUACAUGAUUAAUAAGCACGGAUUCUGUGCUGAUUAUGUUAGCUGUAACAAUGUCAUUUUAAAGACAAUUAUUCACAAACUAAAUAUAUUUUGGGUUGUUUUGUUCUUUUGGACGAUUCAUUUUUGGUCAUUUCCUGUGUAUUAUGCAUGACUAUUAUUUUAAAAAAGACAAAACAUUUGUCAGUUAUUGUCUCUGGUUCUAUGUCUCAGCUACACUCUGGUGAGCACUGUAGGACUUGAAAUAUUAGCUUUAAUCAUAUCUCAGUCAGACAUCAGUUGAGCUGUAAAGGAUGGAUAUAGAUAGCUUUACUAUGAGAUGUGUACGCUCUGUUGAUUUGAGACUUCCCAUUUAUACAGAAGAGUUUCCUAACAUGCACGGAGGAAAACAAACUCUCAGCCUUAAAUAUUAGAUAUGUUCCCAAAGACUAAUUAAAUCCCAGAUUAAUUGUCUUGCCAAAAAUACAUACUUUAUUUUGAGCUAUUCCUUUUUAUAGAUAUUUAUCUUGUCAAUGCUCCAUUAAUAGAUUCUGAGACUAUUUCUAAACUAUGUUUGUCUUCUGUAGCUACUGUAUGUUCUGUAAUUGAUCACAACAUGAUGCCACUGAUGCUGUUCUUAAGUUGUGGUUUGUUGUUGUUGUUGCAGUUUUAACAAAGUUCAAACCAUUAUUUAAACAGCAACGCAACAACACAUCAAUCAAUGCCCAGAAAUAUAUAUUUAAAGUAUGUUGUACAUGGCGCAUAAAACAACUGAUAACUGAUUUUUUUUAAAGCAUUUAUCAAUUGUUGCAGUAUUUAUAAGAAUGUAUUGUUUUUUUUGUUUUCAGAACAAUGUGCUCUUGACUUAUUUUGUUGUUAACCUCAUUUUUGUGUAUACAUUUAGCAAAACGUGGACUGCACAUGGCAAUGCAAUGUUAGCGUUACAAAUCGAGUAAACAUGUCAAAAAAAUAAAAAAAAUAAGUCUG